AUGCGCACCGUCCACUCGGUGGCCCCUUAUGGCUCGCCGAUAUGGGCCCGUCGCCUGGCGAAGGAUAAAAAGAGCUUCCGCCAAAUGAGACAGGCGCAGCGCGAUUCUGUGCUGCGCCUGGCGAGGACUUAUAGGACGGUAUCGCACGCGGCGGACACGGUUCUGGCCGGGACGCCCCCCAUUGACCUGCUGGCGGCAGGAUACGCCCAAGUAUAUCGCCAGCUGAAAGCUCGGGGGAUAGUCCGUACGGCUGGGACCGUAGAACCAAUCCGCCAGGAGGUGCGACGCUGGGUCGUGGAACACUGGAAGACCCGGCUACACGAAUCCGGCAUCGCAGGCUCCUGGACGAUAGAAGCCAUCCGAUCCUGCCUCGAGGAAUGGCUCGGCAGAGUCCAUGGGGGCUUGUCCUUCCGAUUGGUGCAGGUGCUGACCGGCCAUGGGAGUUUUGGCAUUGGCCACAAGUACUGA